AUGCACACACCCAGUGUCAAGUAUCCAGCUGGCAGAAGACGACUCGAGCCGAUUGCAGUUAUCAUUUCAGCCACCCUCAUGGGGAUGGCAGCUAUUGAGGUGAUUCAGCAGUCAGUGGAGGCUCUGGUCGAGGGGCUCAAAGGUCACCAGCGGGAGUUGGAGAUCACCUCCUUCACCGUGAUCGUGCUACUGGUUGCAAUCGUCGUCAAGCUUCUGCUGUGGUAUAUCUGCGCCAAGAUUGCGUCGCAUUCGCCUUCAGCCGAUGCACUGGCUCAGGACCACCGCAACGAUGUUUUCAGCAAUUCUGUGGCGGUUGCUGCUGCUUUCGCUGCGCACUGGCACUCGAGUCUCUGGUAUCUCGACUCCGUUGGGGCGAUCGUCAUCUCAGUCUACAUUGCCGUCAGCUGGUUAGCGACAGGGAAAGAGCAAGUGGAGCGCCUCGUUGGUCUGCAGGCGGACCAGGAGUUUAUUGACCAGAUCCGUGUGCUGGGCGAUGUCCACCACCCCAUGAUGAGGACAGACAUUGUGCGGGCGUAUCAUUUCGGCAACAACUACUUGGUGGAGAUGGAAGUCAUCUUGCCCGAGGAUAUGUGCGUCAAGGACGCCCACGACAUCAGUCUGAGUUUGCAAGAUAAAGUGGAGGCACUGGACAAUGUGGAGCGCGCGUUUGUGCACGUGGACUACCUAGAGCGCAACUACGACGAACACAAGGACCCCACAGUUCGUCGCGAUUCUCCGUGA